AGAGGAGACGAGAACGAACGAGACGCUCGUCCUCCUCCUCUCGUUCCGUGCACUCUCAACCUCAGCACUCUCAUCUCCGCAGUAGUACUACAUCGGCGCUCAGAGAAGAGAGGGAACCCUCAUCGAAGUGCUUUCCUCUCUCUCUCUCUCUCUCUCUCUCUCUGUGCAGCCGGGAUCUCUCUGGAAACUAGAGGAGCGACUUUAUAUGUUUGGAAUAUCAUUCUUCACAAGACAGGUUUUGUGCUCUCCAUCAUGCGAAGAUUAUAAUUCAGCACAAAUUAUUUCUGUUACCGUAAGAUAUAUGGUGGCCGAAACAUCAUGUGUGUGAGCGCCGGUGAUGAGUUUUUCAUCUUUGGUGCGCCAACUAGUAUGGAUUAUUAUUCUCGUAAAAAAUCCAAACCAUAUGGAUUUAUGCACAACUAAGCCGCAUUACGAUUAUUUUGUGGUUUCAGAGCUGCUGCACAGUCUGAUAAGAUUUGGUUCUGAAUAUGUUUCACAUGUGAGCUUUGAGACUAAGAAUCUUUUUUUAACUCGACCUUAGAACUUCGUGGGACCUUUAAUAUAGAGUUGGGACUUGGGAGUAGUUAACUUCUGCAAUGAGUUUUCUUAAAACAGCUCCUCCACCUGAUUGCUUCUUAAACCAACAUUGCUCGCGAUGGGCUCAAAUGUACUUGAAGUAUUGCCUUUGUAGUACAAAGGAUGGAAUUUCCUUAUUUCUUGGAGCUGCCAGUAUCAUCAGCUGGGUAAUUGCAGAGAUUCCUCAAAUCAUGACAAAUUACUGUGAGAAAUCUACAGAAGGCCUUUCAAUUGCUUUUCUAAUGACAUGGAUCAUUGGAGAUUUAUUUAACCUCAUCGGCUGUCUGCUAGAACCUGCUACUUUGCCGACACAGUAUUAUGUGGCAUUGUUAUACACAGCAAGUACAGUUAUCCUGACUGGGCAGACUAUGUAUUAUGGUUACAUUUACCAUAGACUUGAACCAAACAAACAUGGAAUACAUGUCAAGAGCCAAAAGCAUCAUCAAGAAGAUGGAUCAGCAGAAGAGUGCCUGCUGGGAGAUUCAAAGAAAACUAGAGUUCAUGGUUACCAAUCAAAUGGCACAAGUCCCUCAAAGGAAGUCAACAUACCAAGCUCACCAAUUCCAGUUGAAGUACUUUGUGAUUCCUAUGGGAGUGACUACUAUUACACGUCAGCACGGUCUUUAUCUAAAAGCCCUGUGCCUGCUUUUGGUGCUUGGUUAGCACAUUCAUGUGACAAUGGAGGGUCACCACCCAGAAGUGGCAAUCAGCAAUCUGUAGCAAAAGAGCCUCUACUUGACAGGGUUAUUUUCCCGCAAUCUGCACCACCGAAUUCGAGUACUAAAAAUAUGCUUGCUGUAGUACCUUCAGCUGUAUUUUUCUUUGGUAUGUGUGUUCUUCAUCUUUGCACCAAUGAUGUGCACACUGCAUCACCUAAUGGAAUGGUCAUACGAGUCGGACGUAAGUUGUUACAGGACCAUGUUCAAGAUGACGGAAGCAUUGGAGUCGGAAACUUACUUGGUUGGGCAAUGGCAGCUAUUUAUAUGGGGGCAAGGCUUCCUCAGAUAUAUUUAAACGUUAGAAGGGGCAAUGUUCAGGGCCUUAACCCGUUAAUGUUUGUUUUCGCGGUGAGUGGAAAUGCAACAUAUGUGGGAAGUAUUCUUGUGGAAAGCUUGGAUUGGCAUAAAAUCAGGCCCAAUCUACCCUGGCUAGCUGAUGCUGGAGGAUGCAUACUUCUGGAUGUUUUCAUUCUGAUCCAAUUUGUCUAUUUUCAUUAUCGGAAACAGCAGAGGUCUGAAUCUAAAGAUAACCCAGCUUAACAGAGAAAUAUGAUAGUAGAAGAAAUUCCAGAGACGAAAUAUCCACUCAGGGGGAUUAUCUGGUUGUUUUACUUCUACAUGAUCGAGGAGGUACCACAUCGGACUACCACUUACAGAGUAUUGCAUUAUUUUGCAAGCUCUCACAGACAUAUUCGGACCAUGUGCAUGAACAGGAGUUGGAACUCCGGACAUCUGAUGACAAGGGUCAUUUUUGCUUUGCUUUUGUUAUUCUCCACUGGUGACUUGAAUUAGUUUGUAAUGGAUUUGAAAUAUUAGAAACCAAGUUAUUUUUUUGGCAGAAAACCCAUAAUACAUUUGAGAGAGGUUGUUGCUACAUUUAGUGUACAUAAUUCAAUUUAAAUGCACCAGAAGAGCUACUUGGUAUUUA